GCAGUGCGGUUUGUCCAGUACCCCUAACCAUGUCGAUGAAGAUAGUGUGCAUCCUCCUGCUACUCUUUGGCAUAGCAAAUGAGGUGAAAUCAAGGAGAUUCUCUGCUCUCCAGAUGUUUGGGAAUGUGAUAAACGAUCUACCAGAUGACAACGUCAUCAUAUGUCCCCCGGCCAUCGAUCUGGCCCUGGUCCAACUUUACCUAGCCGGCGGAGGAACAACAGAGACCGAUUUGAAAAAUUCAUUGGGCUUCAAAGGACCCUCAAAGGGUAAUAUAUUCAAGGGCAACCUUCCGUCGUGGGUCUCGGAGGGAAAUCCUCUUAUUCGAAUUGCCAGUCGAUUCUAUGCACGCAAGGGAGUCAACAUCAGUUCCACGUAUCACAGUGAAUAUGCAAAAUAUCUGAAUACCGUAAUCGAAAACGUGGAUGAGAAUGAAAGUUGGGCAGAAACGAUAAACCCCUGGGUUACCUCGCAAACUGCCAAAGGUCUUGAGGACCUUAUUGAACCGCACCAGUUCGAGGAUCCGAAAAAAGUCUUCCUCACUAACACCGUCAAUUUUUUUGCCCAGUGGAAGUACCAAUUCAAGCCAAUUGCCGAUGAGAAUUUUUAUAUACCGGACGAAAGUCGUUCGGAGUCGGUUAAGAUGAUGAAAUUGGAAGGCAACUUGAAGUACAGCUUUCUGUACAAACUAGACUGCCACGUGGUGAUUAUUCCGUUUGACAAAAUAAACCUGGACAUGCUUCUGCUGUUUCCCAAAACUUACCAAGGGAUUCAAAAGAUAGAAGAGGGUCUGAAGCACGUAGAUGUCCGUACGACAGCUGUCAAGCAUCUUCAUCUGUCCAUGCCACAGUUUAAGUUCAAGUAUAGCCGGGAUAUGGUACAAACCCUGAUCGAUCUAGGGGUUAACAAGACUGUUUUUACCCACACAAAUCUCCAAGAACUUACCACGUCCAAUGAGAACUUCAUUAUAGACAGCAUUAUGCACUCAGCUAUCAUUAACUUUGACGAUAAAGGAGUCAAGUCAGAUUUUGCUACAGGCGUCGACGUGAUAGCCACAGAAUCGCGUCCUAAUCCUAUCCAGCGUAGGUCAGCUUUAUACAGAGGUCGUCAGAAACGAGCCGCCCCACUGAAGAAGCAACCGAAUCUCAGUUUAGUGUUGAACCGUCCUUUUUUAUUCGCCAUCAUGGACACGAAAAGGAUGUACUUCUUCGGCAGGUACAGUCAUCCUGGUGAUAUGUAAAACUGAAUAUGUAUAAUAUAUGAAUAUGUAUAAUACAAGUCCACAGUUUGGGCAUUCGCUUGAAA